UGGUUCACUGUCAGUUUGAGUCUUUGCUCCAGAUUCUACUUGGCCCAAAUACAAAGGAAACAACACAAUGGCUUACAUGUGACCCUCCCGUGCACUCACACAUGCACAAACUGGCACACAACAACUUAAAAUGAUUCCUCAGUCAUCAGCGUCUGUAACUUGUGUAACCUUUAACCUAUUGGCAAACAAACCUGGUUUCUCUGCAUCCUUUCAUAAAGAUCUGAGACAGCGGUGAAAGUAAUUGAGUACAGUUACUGAAGUCCUGUACUUAAUGUAAGGUAUUCAUAUUUUACUUGAGUAUUUCCAUUUCUGCUCCUUCAUCCUGUGACUUCACUCCAUGUCAGAGACAAACCGUGUACUUUUUACUGCACUACAUGUACCUGAUACCUUCAGUUUCUUCUCAGAAUCAGAUGAAUCAAACAUCAUCAGAUGUUACUGAUCCCGGUGGGAAAUUCACCAGUUACCCAGGAUGUAAAGUACCAGUAAAGUAACACUGUGAAUGCAGGACUUUUACUUGUAACACCAUAUUUUUACACUGUGGUACUUCUACUUUUGCUUAAGGACCUGAGUAUGUCUUGCACCCCCGAGGAUCACAGCAUGAAUUGAAUUAGACUUGUGGAGUGCUGAACUCACAGGACACAAUCUUCAGCGCCCCCUGCUGGAUGUUGCUGGAUAUACUGCAGUAAGUGUAUUUCUGCCAGGCGGCCAGUGGUGCCUGGAUGGGAAUUUAGCAGCAGGAACCUGUGAACAGCUACUGGAUGCAUUGCCAUAAAAUUAGGUUUGAACAGUUCAGGAUUAACUGUACUUAUGUAAGGUUCUAAAUGCAGGACCUUUACUUGUGACAGAGUAGUUCUACACUGUGCUAUUUGUACUUUUACUAGAAUAAAAGGUCUGAGUACUUCUUCCACCACUGAUAAAGAAGGUAAAAUGAGCUUCACCUCAAUCAGCUUCUAUACUGAAACUCUAAAAGGGGCCAUUCUCCGAGAAGGUAUUUUACUAUUGAUAUUUCCUGUAAGAACAUUGUUGUUUUCCUCAGAGUCAUUUGGUUGUGAAGGAGUUAAAGGGAGCCGGAUUGCUGCCUCCCCCUCCAGGCCUUCAAUAGGUUUCUGGUGCUGAAUUAGAUUUUUCAGCCACACAUCCCUCGCUGCCAUGGCGACCCUUGAAAAUGUGUGUGAGACAGCCGAGGAGGAGUUUGUUCUAAGUUUCAGAACCGGACAAUACCGGAAUGAAGUUUCUGUAAGUGGGCUGUGAGACGAGGGAGAGAAAGGCAGGAGCGCCAGUCAUUUACCCAGUCAUCCCUGUAGGACCAGGAGCUCAUCAUGUUUUCUCUGUCGGAGCUGGCACCUCUGAACCAGCACCAGAACAGGUGGAAACUGCUGAAGCCCUGGUGGGAGGUCUUCAUGGACUACCUGGUGAUCCUAAUGCUGAUGGCGUCUGUUUUGGCCUGCACCGGGCAGCUGUCCAGGGACCAGGUUGUGUGCAUCCCCUUGGACCCAUGUGUCACUGCAAAUGCCACUCAUCACAGGUCCUGGACCAGCAGCAACGUGGCUCCGUCGUCAAAGCCCCCAACCCACGGUCCACACAACAUCAGUCCAACUCAUUCUGCAGGCCGAGGUCGACGCACACAGCUGGUCUACCAGCAGUACGUUUACAUCAGCCAGGUGUGCUACCACCAGGCUUUGCCUUUGUGCUCUCGCUUCUUCCCCUACAUGGCCUUGCUGCAGGCUGUCGUACUGGUGGCCAGCGGUUCCUUCUGGCUUCACUUCCCCCACACCUCUGCCUGCAUAGAGCACUUCCUGGCCAUCCUGGCAAAGUGCUGUGAGUCACCCUGGACUUCUCAGGCCCUGUCCCACACUGCACGACAGGAAAACAUCCAAGAGAAGGGGGUGGAGAGACGAACGCCUCCCUCUUCCUCUUCACCCCCGGUGACCCGCACAAGACACUCAAGCACAGACUCGGGGGCAGACAGCCCCCUUCUAAAGAAGUCAGAGAGUGUGUCCUCUGCCAUCCCGCCCUCCCCAUGCCCUUUGAGAUUCUCCUGUCACUCCACCAUGUCAUCAGGGUCCCUCGGCUCCCAGAUGCAGCUUCCUUCCUCCGCACCGUCAGUAGUUGCUGAGAACCCCGGGCAGGUCACCAGCUUGGAUAAAAGUGAUGGGGAACAGGCCAGGGCUCUGUUUGAAAAGGUCAGGAAAUUCCAGUCCCACUGUGAAAACUCAGCGGUCAUCUAUAAGGUCUACUUGGCUCAGACGAUAUUCAAACUGCUGAUGGUAAUGCUGGUUGUGAGUUACACCGCCCCUCUGCUCGGCUCCUUGUCCUUCACCCACACCUGCCGCCCUGAGCAGCAGGCCCUGCUGGGCUACUCCACCUUUCACUGUAUCCAUGUGCUCUCCUCACUUCUACACAAACUGCUGUUGGCCUACCUGACCCUACUGGGGGUGUAUGGCCUGCUCAACUUAUACGCCCUCACCUGGAUUUUACACAGCUCUCUGCGACAGUAUUCCUUCAGCUCGCUGAAGGAGCUGUGCUCUCUGAGAGAUGUUCCAGACCUGAGAAAUGACCUGGCCUUUCUUUUGCACAUGCUGGACCAGUAUGACCCUUUGCUGGCCCAGCGGCUGUCUGUGUUUUUGUCCCCUGUCGCUGAGAACCGGCUACUGGAGGAGAACCUGGAGAGGAGGGAGAGCCUGGGAGCAUUGAGGAGUGUGAAUGCAGACGGCUGCUCCAGUCUGCAGCUGGUGGCCCUGCCUCGCCUCCCCCCAGCCCUCUUCACCCUGAGCCAGCUUCAUGUCCUCAAACUGGAGCUCAUCACAGAUGCCAGGUUAACUGCACAGGUGUGCAGCAUGACCUCACUCAGGGAGCUCCACCUCUACCACUGCCCAGCAGUUGUGGAUCCCAGUGCACUCGGAGUCCUCCAGGAACGCCUGGAGGUCCUGCACCUCACCUUUACUCAGGCGUCAGAGAUCCCCAGCUGGGUCCUCUCUCUUCGCAGCUUGCAUGAACUCCACCUCUCUGGUUGCCUGAGCAGUGAAGGUGGGGUGGGCCGCAGCUGGGCACUGGGGAGUCUUCGCCAGCUUCACCACCUUCGUGUACUGGUGCUUCGAGGUAUGUUACAGCGGAUCUGUGGGGAGCUGUGUGAGGUGGCAGGUGGCUUGGUGAGGCUGGAGAUCUACAAUGAGGGCACCAGGCUGCUUGUGCUGACAGGUCUGAAGCGCAUGGUCAGUCUGACAGAGCUACUGCUGCAGGACUGCCAGCUGGAGCGUCUGCCCUCUGCCCUGCCGGCUCUGAGCAACCUGCGGACACUCGACCUGCAGCAUAACAACUUGAGAACUCUGGAGGAGCUGCUCAGUCUGGCCCAAUUGCGACGCCUCUCUUGCCUCAGGCUUGCCUAUAACUGUGUUCGGGCUGUACCGGCCAGUGUUGGUGCACUUCGAGGCCUAGAGCUCUUGGAUCUGUCCAACAACCAGCUCCACAGCCUUCCCCCAGCACUCUUCACUCUCCGCUGCCUUCGCCGGCUCUUUCUGGCUGACAACCUAUUAGAGGAGCUGCCUGCAGACGUGAAGAGACUGAAGCUGCUUAGAGAGCUGGACCUCAGUGGGAACAGGCUUGAAAGCCUGCCUCUUGAUCUCUUCAGCAGCUGCUUGGAGUUGCGUAACCUGAAUGUGGCUCACAACUCGCUUAGCUCCUUACCCAGGGGCAUUGCAGGUUUAAGUCACCUGUGCAGGUUGGACUUGCGCAGUAACCGCCUGGAGGAACUGCCUGUGGAACUGGGCUGCUGCUCGGGGCUGCAGGGAGGUGGUCUUCUGGUGGAAGAGUGGUUGUUUCUUUCUUUGCCCCCCCAUAUCAGACACUCUCUGAGCCGUUCUCGCCCCCUGUCUGCUACACAUUCAGAGGCUCAUUCCAGGCCAGAGUCUGACAGCUUCCCAUACUUCUCUCCUACACAGUGGUGCUUCUCCUCUGCCCUGGAAUCACAGAUUUAAGAGGAGAGACUUGCACUAACACUGGUAGUAUUCUUUUAGUAAGGCACCUUUUCUAGGAAUAACUUUAAAGGAAUUUUAUUUUGUGAGGCUUUUGGUUAAAUUUGUAUUAGCUAUUCUUUUAGGAAGUACUUUCCCUUAUCCCUGUAAUGUGAGACAAUCAUAGGCUACUGCUGUCUGUACAUUUUAGCCCUUAUAGUGCACACUACAUAUUUUAUACCACACUAAAAUGAAUGUCAACUAACAGUUUCUUGGAAGCACAUAAAUAAAUAAGUAUUAUAAAUGUGUAGUACAUGCUGAAUGCACCACUGCAGUUACUCCAAAAGUCCUUGUUUAAAAAAUAGUUGCACUUAUUGUUCUUCCUCGAAUGCCCAGUAGCAGAGAUGAAGAGACUUCCUGCAUGUGUUGUAUGGUCCAAACUUCCUGUUGGCACCAGCAGAGAAAAUCCUUACAACAGCCACAAAACUGUCUUGCUUACAUGUUACAGUUUGUUCACUGGAAAGUUAGCCAUUGUAUUUAGGAUAAAUCACCUUGGUACAUUAAUAAGCUAAGUAGAGACAGACAGCCUACAGGAGGGUGUUAGGGUGAGUUUUAUUUUAUGCACUUAUGGUUUUAUUUUAUAGCACACAUAAGUUUACAUACUUACAUGUCACAGAUAUGUUUAUGUAGUUAUUUUUCACCCAAGAGAAGCAAUAUAACACUGAAAACUUGUGUUAUAUUGCAGGCUCUUGUGAUUAAAAGACUGGUGGACUGAGUGGUUUUCCAAGGUCUAAUCAUCCCACAGGCUUUCAUUAGAUUUGUUGCCUUUUCUAAAAGAGCUCAUUAUUCCCUCUGAGCCCUGAAGCCAGGGGAGUUGGGGUUUGAUAAGAUACUAAGAUUUACACCAAGGUUAUGGUCAGAUGUUGGUCUAGGAGAAAACAAGUCCAGGUGCAGUCUCAGGGUUCCCGAGAUAACAAGAAGCAUUGUGGGUUGUGCAAAGUGUCUGUUUCAGGACAAGGUCACGCCAAGGACAAGAUCGGACCAGGAUGGGGGACCAAUGAUGGGAGAGUUAAGUCUAAACCACAGCUUCUCCCCAACAGUUUUUGACCAAUUAGAUAGUAGCACCUUUUCAU